GCAAGGUAUUACUGCUCCACCACAGUGCCGCCUAUACCUCCGUUUAAUUGGCGGGAAACCCCAUUUCUCUCGGCACUCUAAUAAUCUCCGUCGGUCACUAGCUUUGUUAGAGCAGAAAGGCCCUUCGAUCCUAUCCUCUUCCAAAUUUCGUCUGAACCCUAGUUCUCCGCCUCUACUGCACUCAGUUUCCUCAAUGGCUCCGCAUACGAAAAUCCUGGCAGCGUAUGCUAAGUCCGGGAGGGCGUCCUGCAAGAAAUGCUCGAAUGCGAUCGAAGCGAGCUCUCUCCGCCUGGCACUUGUAACUAAAGACCCGCGAGGGUACGACAUAACCAAGUGGCAUCAUUUCGAAUGCUUUACAGUGAGCCCCGACCUUCUUCCCUCAGCGGAACUCAUCUCUGGAUUCUCAUCUCUUAAGGACAGUGAUAAAGAGAGGUUAAAGAAAUUGAUCAGUGAAGCAUUGGAGGAUAAAGAGGAGGUUUCUGACAAAGAUGAGAGUGAAAAGAAUAAGAAGGAAAAGAGAAAGAUUGCAGAUAUUCAGGAAACUGAUGUAGAGGAAAACACUGAGCCAGAAGAAGACAAGAUAAAAAAGGCAAAGGUUUCUGACAAUGAAGAAAGUGCAAAGAAUCAGAGGGGAAAGAGAAAGCUUGCUGAUGUUCAGGAAACUGAUGGAAAAGAGGACACUGACGCUGAAGAAGAUAGGAUAAAAAGGAAAAAGUCAUCUGUCUCUGUCAAAGAACUAGAGCUGGAGAUGGCGUUCUCUAUUACUGAUGUGAAGAGUCAUUAUAAGGGUGCCAAACUAUUACCUAAGUGGAAGGCAUUUCAGACAGCAAUAUAUCUUGAACGGGAUGAGGGAACUAUUGACUCAGAAAAGAUUGCUGCAUUUGAUUUUGAUGGUUGUCUUGCCAAGACAUUCGUAAAAAGAAUUGGUGCAGAGGCUUGGUCUCUUAUGUAUCCUUCAAUACCAGAGAAACUUCAGAGCUUGUACAAUGAUGGCUAUAAGCUGGUAAUCUUUACGAAUGAAUCCAAUAUAGACCGCUGGAAGAAUAAGAGGCAGACAGCUGUGGACUCUAAAAUUGGUCGACUUGAAGGCUUUAUUAAACUCGUGAAGGUCCCCAUUCAGGUCUUUAUUGCUUGUGGCUCAAGUGCUAACACAGCGGAUCCCUUUCGCAAACCAAAGAUUGGGAUGUGGAGUCUUCUUAAGCAGCAUUUUAAUUCUGGACUUCCAAUUGACAUGGAUAAAUCUUUUUAUGUUGGCGAUGCUGCUGGUAGAAAGAAUGAUCAUAGUAGUGCAGACAUUGAAUUUGCCAAGGCCAUUGGACUGAAGUUUUAUGUUCCUGAGGAAUUUUUUCCUGUCUAGAAAUGUCUGAAAAAGUUGCUUUUAUUUAACACGCUGAGAGCUGCUUUUAUGGCAACCAGCAACUGUGAUUUUCUCAUUAGCAUCGCAUGGCACCAUCCGUUGUGUCAUAAUCUAUUGAUCUUGUUUUGACAAUGAGCUAAUGAAGAGCUUUUUAU